AUGGCGAGCGGCCGCCUCUCGUCGCCCGGGCGCUCCGCACGCCUCCCGCCGCGGUUGCUGUGCCUGCUGCCGCUGCUGCUGCUGCUGCAGAGCCCGCGCCGCGUGGAGGCGGCGCACAUCAAGAAGGCGGAAGCGACCAAGACGAGCGCGCCGAGCGCCGAGGGCCGCUUCGACCGCUACUACCACGAAGAGGAGCUGGGCUCGGCGCUGCGGGAGGCGGCGGCCGCGGGGCCGCCGGGCCUGGCGCGGCUCUUCAGCAUCGGCCGCUCGGUGGAGGGCCGGCCGCUGUGGGUGCUGCGCCUCACGGCCGGCCUGGAGCCGCCCCCGGCCCCGGCCCCUGCCCCUGCCCCUGGGGCCGGCGCGGCGGAGGCGGCCGAGGCGGGGCCGCUGGUGCCCGGCCGGCCGCAGGUGAAGCUGGUGGGCAACAUGCACGGCGACGAGACGGUGUCGCGCCAGGUGCUGGUCUACCUGGCCCAAGAGCUGGCGGCCGGCUACCGCCGCGGCGACCCGCGCCUCGUCCGCCUGCUCAACACCACCGACGUGUACCUGCUGCCCAGCCUCAACCCCGACGGCUUCGAGCGCGCCCGCGAAGGCGAUUGCGGCCUCGGCCUCGGCGGCGACGGCGACGGCUCCUCCCGGGCCAGCGGCCGCGACAACAGCCGCGGCCGCGACCUCAACCGCAGCUUCCCCGACCAGUUCGGCACCGGGGAGCCGCCCGCCUUGGACGACGUGCCCGAGGUGCGCGCGCUCAUCGAGUGGAUCCGCAGGAACAAGUUUGUGCUUUCUGGAAAUCUGCAUGGUGGCUCAGUGGUUGCAAGCUAUCCUUUUGAUGAUUCUCCAGAGCAUGAGGUCACUGGAAUCUAUAGUAAAACCUCAGAUGAUGAAGUCUUUAAAUACUUGGCAAAAUCCUAUGCUUCAAAUCACCCUAUAAUGAAAACUGGUGCUCCACAUUGUCCAGGGGAUGAGGAUGAAACUUUCAAAGAUGGGAUUACAAAUGGUGCACAUUGGUAUGAUGUGGAAGGCGGUAUGCAAGAUUACAAUUAUGUCUGGGCCAACUGUUUUGAGAUUACAUUAGAACUGUCUUGUUGCAAGUACCCACCUGCUUCACAGCUCCAACAGGAGUGGGAGAAUAAUCGUGAGUCUUUGAUCACAUUGAUUGAAAAGGUCCACAUUGGAGUGGAAGGCUUUGUUAAAGAUUCAAUAACAGGAUCUGGCUUAGAGAAUGCAACCAUCUCAGUGGCUGGUAUUAAUCAUAAUAUCACAACAGGCAGAUUUGGUGAUUUCCAUAGAUUGCUUGUUCCUGGAACCUACAAUGUUACAGCAGUUUUAACUGGAUAUAUGCCACUGACUGUUAAUAAUAUAAUAGUGAAAGAAGGACCAGCCACAAAAGUGAAUUUUUCCCUUCGGCCAACCGUGACUCCAAUGAUUCAUGACACAACAGAGACUGUAACAACUGCUAGCACAGUUACGAUACUGAAUAUUCCUCCUGGAACAAAAUCCUCCCCUGAGCCAAUUCAGCCAAAGGACUUUCACCACCACCAUUUCCCUGAUAUGGAAAUCUUCUUGAGAAGGUUUGCUAAUGAAUAUCCUAACAUCACCCGGCUUUAUUCAUUGGGAAAAUCAGUAGAAUCAAGAGAACUUUACGUAAUGGAGAUAUCUGACAACCCAGGUGUACAUGAACCAGGUGAACCUGAAUUUAAGUACAUUGGGAAUAUGCAUGGAAAUGAAGUGGUUGGAAGAGAAUUGUUAUUAAACCUCAUAGAAUAUCUUUGUAAGAAUUUUGGAACAGACCCCGAAGUAACAGAUUUGGUUCGUAGUACUAGAAUUCACCUCAUGCCAUCCAUGAAUCCUGAUGGAUAUGAAAAGGCCCAGGAAGGGGAUUCAUUAAGUGUAAUUGGCAGAAACAACAGCAACAACUUUGACCUGAACCGGAAUUUCCCAGAUCAGUUCAUUCAGAUUACAGAUCCUACCCAACCAGAGACUAUUGCUGUGAUGAGCUGGAUGAAGUCAUUUCCAUUUGUAUUGUCAGCAAAUCUUCACGGAGGUUCUUUAGUCGUCAACUACCCUUUUGAUGAUGAUGAACAAGGGAUUGCCAUGUACAGUAGGUCACCAGAUGAUGCCGUGUUUCAACAGAUAGCACUUGCUUAUUCAAAGGAAAAUUCCCAGAUGUACCAAGGUAGACCUUGCAACAAUAUGUACCCUAAUGAAUAUUUUCCUCAUGGGAUAACAAAUGGAGCUAGUUGGUAUAGUGUCCCAGGUGGUAUGCAAGACUGGAAUUAUUUACAAACAAAUUGUUUUGAAGUGACAAUUGAACUAGGUUGUGUGAAAUACCCAUUUGAGAAAGAUUUGCCAAAAUAUUGGGAACAGAAUAGAAGAUCUCUACUCCAAUUUAUGAAGCAGGUUCAUCAAGGUGUGAAAGGAUUUGUUUUGGAUGCCACUGAUGGCAGGGGUAUAUUAAAUGCCACCAUUAGCGUUGCUGAAAUUAACCAUCCGGUGACAACUUACAAGGCAGGAGAUUACUGGCGUCUUUUGGUUCCAGGAACUUAUAAAAUCACAGCAUCUGCUCGAGGGUAUAAUCCAUUUACCAAGAAUGUGACUGUCAAGAGUGAAGGUGCCAUUCAGGUCAACUUCACACUUGUGCGAUCUUCAACAGAUGCAAACAAUGAAUCAAAGAAAGGAAAGGGGGAAAGCACCCACAGUGUUGAUGCCAGUGAUCCAAAUACUAAAGAGUUUGAAACUUUAAUAAAAGAUCUUUCAGCUGAGAAUGGCUUGGAAACUCUCAUGUUACACUCCUCCUCAAAUCUGGCGCUCUACCGAUACCAUUCAUACAAAGAUUUAUCAGAGUUUCUGAGAGGACUGGUGAUGAACUAUCCACAUAUUACAAAUCUUACCAGUUUGGGACAGAGUGCUGAAUAUCGUCAUAUAUGGUCUCUUGAAAUCUCCAACAAACCCAACAUAUCUGAGCCUGAAGAACCAAAGAUUCGUUUUGUGGCUGGUAUCCAUGGAAAUGCUCCUGUUGGAACUGAACUGCUUUUGGCUUUGGCAGAAUUUCUUUGCUUAAACUACAAAAAGAACCCAGCUGUUACCCAAUUGGUUGACCGGACUAGAAUUGUGAUUGUCCCUUCUCUAAAUCCAGAUGGGCGAGAGAGAGCACAAGAGAAAGAUUGUAGUUCUAAGACGGGGCAAACAAAUGCUCGUGGCAAAGACCUGGACACAGACUUCACAAGUAAUGCGUCCCAGCCAGAGACUAAAGCCAUCGUUGAAAACUUGAUUCAAAAACAGGACUUCAGUCUUUCUGUUGCUUUAGAUGGUGGUUCUGUGUUGGUCACAUACCCAUAUGACAAACCAGUACAAACAGUGGAAAACAAAGAGACUCUGAAGCAUUUGGCAUCUCUUUAUGCAAAUAACCAUCCCUCUAUGCACAUGGGUCAGCCCAGCUGUCCAAAUAAAUCAGAUGAGAACAUUCCAGGAGGAGUAAUGCGUGGAGCAGAAUGGCACAGUCACCUGGGCAGCAUGAAGGAUUAUAGUGUCACCUAUGGCCACUGUCCAGAAAUCACAGUCUACACCAGCUGCUGCUACUUCCCCAGUGCUGCACAACUCCCUUCCUUGUGGGCAGAAAAUAAGAAGUCUCUCCUUAGCAUGCUGGUAGAGGUUCACAAGGGAGUUCAUGGAUUUGUUAAAGAUAAGAUGGGAAAACCAAUCUCUAACGCAGUCAUUGUACUGAAUGAAGGUAUAAAAGUACACACAAAAGAAGGAGGUUAUUUCCAUAUUCUUUUAGCCCCAGGGGUCCAUAACAUCAAUGCCAUAGCUGAUGGGUAUCAGCAACAACAUUCACAGGUUUUUGUGCAUCAUGAUGCAGCUAGUUCUGUGGUAAUAGUCUUUGACACGGAUAAUCGGAUAUUUGGUUUGCCACGGGAGCUUGUGGUAACUGUAUCAGGUGCCACUAUGUCGGCAUUGAUCUUAACAGCUUGCAUUAUUUGGUGCAUCUGCUCAAUCAAGUCCAACAGACACAAGGAUGGCUUCCAUCGCCUCAGGCAACAUCAUGAUGAAUAUGAAGAUGAAAUCCGCCUAAUGUCAACUGGCUCCAAGAAAUCCCUCUUAAGCCAUGAGUUCCAGGAUGAAACGGACACUGAAGAAGAAACAUUAUAUUCUAGCAAACAUUGAAUCAAACCUUGCAUAUCUCCCAACUACAGUAUCAAGCAAAACUACAGUUCUUUUUGGGAGACAGUACAGUUAAGAAGAUGGACUGUCUUGCUUCUUCUAAGAGCUUUGGGAAGUUACCUUGCUAAAUUUCUAUUCUCUGUGAAUUUGGCUGGCAGUUUUGAACUUCCCUUCCUUAAAAUGUUCUAACCUUUAAAAAAAAAUCUGCUUUCUAUUUAUGCAGUGGAGAUGGAACAGCCAAUUUAUUUUUCUUUUUUAAUUUAAGAUGAGCUGUUUGCAGCUUAUGUUAUAACUGCAUAAAGCCAACUAGUGGAUGUUGUAUUUUGCACAUCGGGCGUUUACUAGUGACUUUAGCUUUUUAUUUUCAAUGGCCAAAAGAAUCCAUGAACAUUAAGGCAGGGACAGCAGUCAGAAUCUGACAUAUAGCUUUAAAAACUCUAGGUUUUCUCAACCUACUGAAGAGUACUUUUUUCUAAUUAUUAAAAAAGCUGGAGUUUCUCUUGCUAUUCAGGUUUAAUGAAGGCUGAAUUGAUUUUCAAAUAUAUAUGUAUAGAAUGUUAGAAAAUUAAAAAAUGGGCUUUUGCACUUGGCUUUUGCCUGUUCUAGGGCUUGAUCAGAACUGAUGAGCUGUGCUCCAAGCAGGAUUUCACUACCUCUCUUCUAAGGUUUAGCAAAGUUCUAAUUAUCCCCAUUUUAAGGGAGAACUUACUGACUUUGUUGUAAAAGAUCUAAAAGUCCAUUUGAGUGGAGCUCUCGAGAGACCUGGCAAAAUUCAUGCUGCCUAUCUUUUAACUCGGUAAAAACCCACCGGUGCUGCUGCUUUUAUCUGUGAAGCAUUAGUUUAUUGCAGAAAAGCCUAAUUCUUUCAGAUUUGCUAAAUUUGAACCUUUUCCUGUGCCGUACACAUAUGACCCAGCAAUCUGCAAGAUCUGAAUUCUACUGAAAAGAUAUUAAAUGUGGAAGAGACAUACUUGUAUAUUUUAGCCUACAUUUUGGACACAAAAAUAUCUACAGUUCUUGCUUCAGCCCAAGUCUAUGCCUAGUAGUAGCAUAUUGAUUUCAAAAUAGCUUGGCCAGUCUUAUUAAUAGUAGGCCUCUAAAGUGAUUGGGUUCUUGGUCCUAAUAUUUCAUUUGAUGGUCUCUUUUUGGUCAGCCAUUUUGUUAGGUGUUGAGUUGAAAACAUUGAAAUAUGGCUCCCUCCAUUAAAUAAAAUGCAGACUGUGGACUGCUGUGUGAUAGGACAUAGGUGUGAGUGUGAUUUUCACUGCCAGUCAGGUUACUACAAAGACCUGAAGAUUUACAUUUUCUUGUGUCUGUUGUAUCAUACUUUUCAAUGGAAACUAUGCUUUUUGUAAGUAUAAUAAGUGUUACCAAUGAAAAUGGCUAAAUAUCUUUGAAUGUUUUAAUGGCCAAGCUGCUGCUGAACUUGUAUUAAAUCAGGGGAUCAAAACA